GAACCGGAAGUCGGAGCUAUAAAGCAAAGGAAGCCGACAGCCCCACUGCAUUUUCUUUCUUCCUCUUCGUUGCGCUGCCGCCUUCCAGUGUAAGCUAGAGCCAGUGGGGCCUCCGGCCUAGCCCAGCUUUCGUUAUGGCCCUCAGCGAUGCUGACGUGCAAAAGCAGAUUAAGCAUAUGAUGGCUUUUAUUGAACAAGAAGCCAAUGAGAAAGCAGAGGAAAUUGAUGCGAAGGCUGAGGAAGAGUUCAACAUUGAGAAAGGUCGUCUUGUGCAAACCCAAAGACUGAAGAUUAUGGAAUACUACGAGAAGAAAGAAAAGCAGAUUGAGCAGCAGAAGAAAAUUCAGAUGUCUAAUUUGAUGAAUCAAGCAAGGCUCAAAGUCCUCAGAGCAAGAGAUGACCUUAUUACAGACCUACUAAAUGAAGCAAAACAGAGACUCAGCAAAGUGGUAAAAGAUACAACCAGGUACCAAGUGCUGCUGGAUGGACUGGUCCUCCAGGGUUUGUACCAAUUGUUGGAGCCCCGAAUGAUUGUUCGUUGCAGGAAGCAGGAUUUCCCUCUGGUAAAGGCUGCAGUGCAGAAAGCAAUUCCAAUGUAUAAAAUUGCCACCAAAAAAGAUGUUGAUGUCCAAAUUGAUCAGGAGGCCUACCUGCCUGAGGAAAUAGCUGGUGGAGUUGAGAUCUAUAAUGGGGAUCGUAAAAUAAAAGUUUCCAAUACUCUGGAAAGCCGGCUGGAUCUCAUAGCCCAGCAGAUGAUGCCAGAAGUACGGGGCGCCUUAUUUGGUGCAAAUGCCAACAGGAAGUUUUUGGACUAAACCUUCGGGCAAGGUGGAGUUCAUGCACUGCUUUCCUGUCAUGUGGAAGUUUCUGAUAUUUGAAGAAACAAGAUAUCUGUGUGGCUUCCUCUUCACUCUUCUAAUAUUAUGUAUUUAUCAGUGGAUCCUCUCCGUAGCUAAUGCCCUUGGCCUAAUUGUUAAUAUGAGAGAAAGUUUCACUUACUAUGAUCAGGAAACCUCCUCCUUAGCUUAUCUAAAAGCAUGACUUAUAUUUGCUUUUGUAGCAUGAAGGUGAGGGUAUCAGAUGGUGGUACUGGAGCUUCACCGAGUCUCUGCUCUUCUCUCGUCUUCUGCUGUCAGUUCUCGAGCCUAGAGGGUGAGGUGUGUGGUGUUCUCUGACAUUCGGUCUCUGCUCUUUAGGCUGCAGCUGUUUGGGGAGCAUGCAUUCCUGCCCGCAAUAGUAGCUUCACUGUUAACCUGUUUGGGCCUAGAAGUGCUCCUCAUCUGUAAAUGUGAUUUAAAAUCUAAGCCGUGAGUAGGUCUUAUUUAUUAAAACAAAAUGUUUACAUGGA